UCUGGGUGAAGAAGCUUUUUCUAAUAUCCAGCCUAAACCCACCCUGACACCACUUCAGCCUGGCAUCACUGCACCAAGAGCACCGCCCGCAGCAGCAGCAGCAGCAGCAGCAGCAGCAUUCCGGUGCAGAACACAGCAGGUAAGCAGCUAUUCUGGAGGUAGCGACUGUACAAAUCCACUGCCUUUACAAGCGAGCUGUGGGCUCUGAAAGUGCUUGCAGCUUUCCAAGUCCUCUCUCGGGAUGCAGCCGGCACUAGGACCUGCCUGGAGCCUCUACGCGCCAGCCCGUAGGGAGCGGAUAAAAACAGCAGCGCGCGGGUGGCUGCGGGCGGCGCGGCCGUGCCGGCACCGGGAGCCCCGCUCCGCCACCGGGGCCGCUGGGUGCCCCGUGCCCGCCCAUGCCCCAGCUCUGCCAGGUCACGGCCUCGCUGCUCCUGGGCACGGCCAGGGCAGCGUGCGACGAGGAGCUGCUGGCGCGGGAGGGGGUCACCUUCUGCGUGAAUGUCACCCGGCAGCAGCCGUUCCCCGCGCUGCGGAGCGUCCGCGGCAUCCGCGUGCCCGUGUUGGACGACCCGGCCGAGGAUCUGCACCGGCACUUCGAGCCCUGCGGAGCCGCCAUCGAGGAGGCCGUGCGGGCCGGGGGGAAGUGCCUGGUGUACUGCAAGAACGGCCGCAGCCGCUCCGCUGCCAUCUGCACGGCUUAUCUGAUGAGACACCGGCAGCUGCCGCUCAAGGACGCCUUUGAGGCUGUGAAAACUGCCAGACCUGUAGCAGAACCGAAUGCAGGAUUUUGGUCUCAGCUGCAGAGAUAUGAAGAAGAUUUGCAGAUAUCAAAGCAGUCUGCUCUGCUGAGCAAAGGACUUAAAAAUAGCGAUGUGUGAAGAUACUUUAAAGAAAGUGAAGUGACUUGCUACAGACUUAAAAAAAAAAGGAAAAAAAAAAAUCACAUCCUAAAUCACCUGUACGUAAAACACUUUACCCCCAUAA